UCUCUUCCGGGAUGUUACGACUCCUCAUACAUGUCAUCUUCCGUUUUUCCCCUCUGUGGCAUUAACCACCCCUCAUACUCCGGCACUGCACAACAUAUAUUGCGCAACAGUGUGGCCUCCGCCUCCUCGCACGCUUCUCCAACCAGACUAGACCAGCCAUUCAUCCAGCGUUUGCUGCUCCAACUGCACUGCAGCAGCACUCCCAGCGUAGCCGUCGGAGAGCAGCGAUGUUUUCUUGCAGAGCAGCCUGGCAAAGGUGUGGGCCUCUGGCUCGCAGAGCAGCCUACACUAGGUUGCCCCGGGAUGUUGUGCAGCGGCGACCAAUGUCAUCUGUUCCUGGUGGGUCUGGGGAGAACAUAGUCUACACUCUGCUGUGUGGUGGAGCCUUUGUUGGUGCUCUUUCAUACGCAUACAGCACCGUGUCCACAGACAGCGCCAGGUUCAAUGAUCGCAUUGCAGAAAUCAACGCCAGACCCAAGACAGAGUGGGCACCUAAACCAUGGCCACCUAAGAGCAAGGACGAAGAAGAGGCUGGAGAGGAGGAGGAGGAGGAAGAGGUGGCAGCCGAGGAGGCCGCUGGAGAGGCUGAGGUUGCCGAAGAGGAAGUUGCCGUCGCUGCCGCCGAUGGCGAGGCAGAGUCCGUCGUCGAGGCGGUCGCCGAGGAGGCCGAGGCUGUCGUAGAGGCCGUCGCCGAAGCGGUCGUCGAGGCUUCCGAGGCCAUCGCCGAGGCUGCCGAGGCCGUCGCCGAGGUUGCGCACGAAGUGGAGACGGUCGCAGAAGAAGUGGCUCACGCGGCCGAAGCGGUCGAGGAGACGGCCAAGGCUAUCGCAGAACCGGCCGCCGUCGCUGCCGAGGAGCCCGAAAGCAACGUGCUGCUGGCAGCUGCCUCUGCUCUAGAGGUACCAAAGAUAACUCAAGAGUUGGCAAUCGCUGUUGAAGACAUCAAAGAGUCAAUGGCACCAGUAGAGGCACAGCCUGUUGAAGAAAUUGCACCAGUUGAGGAGGCUACUAAGCCAGCAGAAGAGGCCCCUGCACCAGUAGAAGAUGUCCCAGCACCAGUAGAGGCUGCGCCAGUUGUUGAAGACGUCCCAGCACCAGUAGAGGCUGCACCAGUUGUUGAAGAGGCCCCAGCACCAGUAGAGGCUGCACCAGUUGUUGAAGAGGCCCCAGCACCAGUAGAGGCUGCACCAGUUGUUGAAGAGGCCCCAGCACCAGUAGAGGCUGCACCAGUUGUUGAAGAGGCCCCAGCACCAGUAGAGGCUGCACCAGUUGUUGAAGAGGCCCCAGCACCAGUAGAGGCUGCGCCAGUUGUUGAAGAGGCACCAGUAGAGGCUGCGCCAGUUGUUGAAGAGGCCCCAGCACCAGUAGAGGCUGCGCCAGUUGUUGAGGCCCCAGCACCAGUAGAGGCUGCACCAGUUGUUGAAGAGACCCCAGCACCAGUAGAGGCUGCGCCAGUUGUUGAAGAGGCACCAGUAGAGGCUGCACCAGUUGUUGAAGAGGCACCAGUAGAGGCUGCACCAGUUGUUGAAGAGGCACCAGUAGAGGCUGCGCCAGUUGUUGAAGAGGCCCCAGCACCAGUAGAGGCUGCACCAGUUGUUGAAGAGACCCCAGCACCAGUAGAGGCUGCGCCAGUUGUAGAAGAGGCACCAGUAGAGGCUGCGCCAGUUGUUGAAGAGGCACCAGUAGAGGCUGCGCCAGUUGUUGAAGAGGCACCAGUAGAGGCUGCGCCAGUUGUAGAAGACGUCUCAGCACCAGUAGAGGCUGCGGCAGUUGUUGAAGACGUCCCAACAACAGUAGAGGCUGCGCCUAAAGAAGAGACCUCUGCACCAAUUGUUGAGGCUCCAUCACCAGUAGAGGCUGCGGCAGUGGUAGAAGAGGCCUCAACGCCAGUAGAACUGGCUGUGGAACCAGUUGUGGAAGAAGUCUCAGCAACCCCUGCUGUGGAAGUAGCCACCGCGGUGGUGGUGGAAGAAGCAGCUGCAGAAACCCUGGCAGAAGGUCCCAAGAGAGAGUACAUUGUUGUGGUUCUGGAAGGAACACCAAAAGCUGAAAAAAGGCCAAAGGUGCUAGGAGUAGGGCCCUUGACUGGAAAAAUCAUCCAAGCUCCAGAAGAGGAUGAUGCCCCUGCUUCUGAGGGUAGGCGACGUCUUCUUAGGAUGCAAAUGCAGUAGUUCCAAAUAAGUAAAUGGCUCCCGAAUGAUGACUUUCUAUCCUGCAGAAGAAGAGGAUGUGCCUUUCUCGAACCCUUUCUCUUUCUCCCUUCACCCAUAAAAAUGCAAGGGACUAAAAUUUAGUUUCAGUGAAAAGAUACACAUACCUCAGUGUUUUUAAAUCAAUGCCUGCUCUAUGGAACCAUCCUGUCUCACAUAUUAGCGGUGCCCAUAUGGCCCAUUACUGUGACACUCCACAAUGACUUGACUGUAUAGUCCCAGCUGCACCCAGUCAGUAGUUGAACAGAUCUCUGGUUUAUCAUGUAGUAGCCUCAAUAAGAGUACUUGUAACUUCUGUGAAUUGUAACCCGACAAAACUGAGCCAUUCAGACACCCUAUUUUUUUCUUUUUGUACUGUUACAGUGUUCACUGCCUCAGAAAUCACUCCAGUGCAAUACCUUGAUACUCAUCACCGCAUCCUGUUAACCCAGGCUCUGCCCAGCCACUUAUAAUGUGAAACUAGUGUUAUAUUGUAAAGAAGUGAGGCCUGUUUUUAUUCACCAGCAUUCUUUUCAAUACCCGGCCUCAGGUUUUUCUCUGAAAAAAAACUUGCUGUAGUUUUUGUUUUAGAAGAAAGACCAUCCUACCUCACCGUGUUCUCAGUCUUUAAAAUGACACCAUAGACCUCUUCUUGAUGCAGUCACAGUGUUACAGUUCCUAAGCCGCUGACUUCCAACAUUGCAUUCUUACUUUUCAGAAGCUGUAAUUUGAUCACCUAAACUUAUCAUGCCAAACUAAAUAAGGCAGGCAUUUGUUGACCCUUUAAUUGUCUUCCUUUUUUAAAGGGUAAUUUAACACUGGAACAGAGGAAAACUGCUGAUCUGCAGUCAUUGGGUUAAAAAUCUUAAAGCAUGGGAGUUCAGCCCCAACAAGACGUAGCGAAAUGUUUAUUCAAACUGAAACGGCGGUGUGUCGAACACCGUGCUAUGUGCCACGCGCGCGCUCCUUUUUUUAAUAAGAGUUCACGCUGCCGUCGCUGCUGAUUGGCUAACACCUCUGACGCACCCACCAAACGAGAAAAAACAUACCUCAAAGAUUGUUGCACAAUGAUUCACACCGUUCUAAGGAUACAUGAGGAUCAACCAGGAAACCAUGGCAAAACAGUGCACACAGUUUUGAAAUUGAAUGUGCCCCAUGUACCCUAGCCACAUCCCCAGUUGGUGAUGUCACAGCCGGUGUUUUCCUCUUUAUAUUUAUGUGUUGAGUUACCUUUUUAGUUUGUUCCUUCUUAAUUUUGUAGACAGUCUAAUGAUUAUAUAGUGAAUGUAUAACAUUUGGGACAUCCUCUGAUAUUAUGUUGCAAUCUUUUAAACUUUGGCUUAUGUUAUAUGGAUAGUGCAACAGUCCUUGUAUCAUUUGUAUCCACAUCUCCGCCAUUGAUAUAGAUGCGAGGGUUGGAUAAGGGAAUGUAUAUGUUCUUUCACUCUUUGCUUUUCUGUCCUUUCUCAGAGCUUUUCUUGUCUUGUUCUAGCCGUCCGGUCUGAGUGGAUGUAUGAUAUGAAGGCUUGCAGCAAGUAUGAACCGUAAUGAUGCUGAUGUGCUGGUGUGACAUGAAAUGUGUGUUUUUGGAAGUGUUGCAGUAUGUCUGAAGUAAAGUCUCCAGUGUGAAAUGCUUUGACAAGUCGCUUGUAGUUCUCUCUUUGAUUUCUUCUUUUCAGAUUUUCUCGCCUCCGCUGUCUGAGUUUCGGCCUUUGUUAGCUUGUUGUACGCUAUUUAAAAUGGAUCACUGAGGGGAGAAUUGAACUUGCCUGUUAGUAUGGAUUUAAAAAUGGGAAUGAUUUUAUUCUGAGGUUUCUAUGAUAGGAUGCGGGGUGGAUGCCUUUGACUUAGCAAAGGACAGAAACUGACGGUUUCACAUGUUACUGUUUUUCUUGUUUUUGCAAAAUAAAGAGGGAUUAAACUUGA